AACUCAAACCCAAAUUAAUUGACGACAACUUAGUUACGUAGGUUGCAUACUUACAUAUUCCAUUACAAUAUUCUUCACAAUUAUAUACCAAAAGUCUCACACAUUAUUGGCUAUAAAUACCCUCCCUCCAUACACAUAUUUUGCAAUGAGAAUGAAAAUGAAGCAUUCAGUAGGCAUUCUGUUGUUGUUGAUUGGGCUAACAAUACCAUACAUAUGUGUAGGGCAAAACUCAGCCCAAGACUUCCUUGAUGGGCACAAUAGGGCUCGUGCUGCAGUAGGGGUGGGGCCCAUGACGUGGGACGAAAACGUGGCCAACUUCGCUCGGAACUACGUGAAUUCGAGGCUGCGCGACUGCAACCUGGUCCACUCCAGCAACAGGCCGUACGGCGAGAACCUUGCCGCCGGCAGCGGGGAUUUCACGGGGCGGAGAGCGGUGGAGUUGUGGGUGAAUGAGAAGGCUAACUAUAACUACGCUUCCAACUCAUGUGUUGGAGGGGAGUGCCUUCACUACACUCAGGUGGUGUGGCGCAACUCGGUUCGACUCGGGUGCGCAAGGGCUCUCUGCAACAAUGGCUGGUGGUUCGUCUCUUGCAACUACGACCCCCCGGGCAACUACAUCGGCCAACGUCCUUAUUGAACCCACACAUGCAUGCAAUUAAAGGAAUAAGAGGAUAUAUAUGAUGUUGUUCUCAUAUAUACUACAAUUAAUGUAAGCUGAGCAUGCAUGGCUCAUAUCUCUUCGUUACCACCAUCUAUCUCCUCAAUCAAAUAAAAUAACUAAAUAUUUAUGUUUUAGUACAAAA